GAGAAGCUUCCGUGUGUUGGCGGCUGGCAGAGAGGGAUGAGAGCGGAGCGUAGAGGAUGAAGAGCCGGGGGGAGAAGAGCCGGAGGAAGAGAGGAACAACAGAUGUUUCCCCAUCCACCAGCCUCCCUCCUCUGGUAGAGGGCCAGCUCCGCUGCUUUCUUCGGGUGACUGUUGGGAAGAUCCUUUGGACUGUGCCGAGACCUCCGCCCUUUGUCCUGGUGAGGCUCCGGUGGUGGGGAGAGACUUCUGAAGGAACCAUCUUCCACCCCAGGGACACCUCACAGACUGAGCAGAAGACGGUGAAGACCACGACUCGCUAUGCUGUCCGCUGUGGCCCCAAACAAUUCACGUCAUAUCUCACAGAUAUGGGGGCGCUUGUCUUAGAGGUGAUGACUAAACUGGACCACCUCCCACUCAGUCGCGCCCAGAUCAACGGGAUAUCACGGCUCAGCCCAACGCAUCCAAUCAGUGGCUUCUUCACUCUCGUCUCCCCGGCAUCUGAGAAACUGGGAGAGCUCCAGGUGUCUGUGGCUCUGGAGCCCCUGUGUGAAACAUACGACAGCAACAGUUCCGUCCCUAAUACAGAUGUCAGCCAGGACGCUGGACUCUCCGGAUGUCAGUCUAAGCCACACAGUAAAUUAAGUGUGAACCCCAGAGGCCGGCGGGACUCUGAAACCAGCAGAGCUUCCACUCCCAGAGGCCGAGAUCACUUGUAUUUUAAGGAAAAUGCAGAACCCCACCUUGACCCUCUGAAAGAACCACAAGAUCAUUCAAACCAAAAAGAUGUUUAUGUUUCUGACAUCCACACAUACAAGGAGAACAUGACUUCAGCGCACAUUGCUCAGGAGAGAUUCACUGCUGAUCGGCCCAAAGAGGUGUCCGGAGUCCCCUCUACACCAGCUGCUAAGGACCUGCUGGCAGAUAUAAGGUCUUAUCCAUACAAGACCUUAAGGUCCGGCUGCAAAUUCCUGCAGCAAGAAUCUGUGAAUACUUGCUGCUGGGAUCACAUGUGGCUCCUGACAGCUGUGGCCGCACAGCCUUUAGUUGAUGACCCCUCGACACAAGCUGAGUGGCCACAUCUGUCCAGAGCCACCCAGGACUCUGCGGGCUGGCCACGCCUCGGCACUCUGCGGGCUGGCCCCCGACUCGGCACUCUGUGGGCUGGACCCGCCUCUUGGGAGGAGGUUCUCUUACAGCAAGGAAGCAAACUGAGAGACGCCAUGGCUGAAUCUGCUAUGAGACUGGAUCCUAGCAUGGACAUGGAGCCAUUAGAUAAAGAGAAUUACACUUCACAGGCUGUAAGGGCUGCCCUGGAUUUCCCUCCACCUCAUAUUCACCAAAACCUCCGAAAUUUACCUAAGCCUUCUGCACCGAAAGAUAUAAUCCUGCACCCGACAGACCAGACUUUCUCUGAAUUAGAUGUUCCUAAUGAUACCAGAGCCAUAGAGCUAUUGCUGGGCAGCACCCCGAUAUCCCUGGGCCAGUACUGGGAUGGGACAGGAUCGCCCCCAGAAUCCAUUGCAGGAAGUGAAUUCUACGAGAGUGAACUGAAUGAUCCUCAGUACGACCAGAGUCUGUUGGAGAACCUAUUUUAUUCGGUUCCGAAAAUACUUGAUGAUUUUAGCAGUGAUGAACAGUCCAGAUCAGUGACUAAAGGAUCCAAAAACCGACCAGUGGAAGAUGAAGAGCAAAACCUGAAGCAGCACAAAUCUGCAGAGAGACCACUCGGUGACAGAACGCGGACGGAAGCCAUUGAUCUCAGUGUCGACCGUCUGGCUCUGCUGGGCCGGAUGCACACAGCACGGGUGGUUGUGGAGUCCUUAAAGGUCAAACCGGAAACCACACAGGUGACCCCAGGCAAGAAAGGCAGCAAAGGGAAACCACCAAGACCGGCAUCGUCCAUCAAACGAACCUACUUUGUGGAAUUCCAAUUUCCAGUCUCCUCCAAAAGCAAAGUGGGAGAGGUGUCUGUGGCCACUGAAAUUACCCGGCUGGUGUCCAGCAAGAUUGUGAAUGGAGUGGUGAAGUUUCAGCAGAAAUUUGUGUUCCCCGUCCUGUUCAGCGGUCAUGUGAUCAAACACUGGUGGAGCACAGACCUGACCUUCACAGUUUUUCUGAGGAAGGGAACCCAGCAAAAGCCUUCUGCGCUUGGUUCUGCUGCGUUCUGUCUGCGUGAUGUUCUCCGAUCUGAGGACCUUUCCGUGUCCCACUUACUUCCAGUUCAUAAGUCGGAGGGAGGACAGGAGAUGGAAGAUGUUGGGCCUCUUAAGGUCUCUGUGGACAUUGUCGGAGAUGGCCAUGAAUUCUCCAGGGUCCCCGAGAAGCAGUCAGGGGUGGCACACGAGGCCUCAUCCACUUCCCUCAGACACAGCGUCAGAAUUGCGGCACCUGAACACCAAUCAGACAAGGAAUCCUCUCCGGAACCAGAGCCCCUCACUUCCAUCCAUCCGCUGGAUUCACCGGCUUCCCACCAUGUUCCAAGAAAAGAACCUCAACCAGCCCUGUCCCAGGAGACGGCGGAGGAGAAUGGGUUAUUACUCCAUGUGGUGCUCAUGGUGGUCGAAGGGACAGGACUAAUCCCGAGUCCAGACUCCACCACGUGUAACUCCUACCUCAACUGUAAGCUCUUCUCCAGUCUGGAGGCCACGCGCUCCAAUGUCGUAUGGGGCAGCAGCAAGCCCGUGUACAACUUCUCUCAGGUUGCUCCUGUAAAUCUGACAAGCCGACUGCUGGAAAGAAUGAAGAACAAUGUCAUGAUCGUUGAAGUGUGGAGCAAAGUGUCCAGCCCGGGAUCUGACCAGCUCAUGGGUCUUGUCAAGUUGCCCUUGCACCAGUUCUUUAUGUCCUUCAGUGAUCAGAAAAUUUGCCGUCUGUUGCUCCAGGCGCAGUAUCCGGUGGUUGCUGUAGACAACUUUGUGCCGAUCAGUGAUGUCUUCAGUGGAACUGAACGGGGAAGACUCAAGGUGUUGCUUGCUAUGGGGUCAGGUGACCAAGUCGUGGCACUUCAGAGGUUAAAGAAUGAUGAGGGGACAUUAACAGCCCUUCUGCCCAGACCAGCACAUUUCCUGGACCCUCCUCAGCCAACCGCAGAGGUGUCUAGAGCUGCAGAGAGUGCGGUCGAUCAUGUGUUUGACAUCCACGUAGAGAAUGUGAAGGGCCUGACUCCUCUGCAGUCCACUGUGUGGGGAGAAGCGGACUGCUAUGUGCAGUAUUAUUUCCCUGUGCAGACCCCGGUCACCGGACUAGAAGCCGAACUGCCAGAGAGAAGUAUCAGUCUGAAGCCUGUGCGGACAGCCACCACCCUGUGUGUACCCGAUCCUGUCUUUAAUGACCGGCAGAGCCACACUCUAGUUUCACCAUCGGACACCCCAGUGCAGAGGCUGCUGCUCAGUGCGUACUCCACGCAGGGUCUCUCUGGAGGAGGAGGGGUGACGUUCGAAAUCUGGUGUCGGUACUAUUACCCCAAUGUCAGGGACCAGAUGGUGGCUAAAGGUGUGCUUCCAUUAUCCCGUCUGUGUGCCAUGGUGACAAUGCAUCAUCGAGAGGAAGUGGGGAUCCAGGCGUUCUGUCUGCCGCUUACGCUGAGGAGUGAAAAUGCAGCCGAAACUCAUCCUUCCUCUUCUGGUUUACUGAAUGUAAAUGUGACCUAUAGAAGGUCAGUCAGAAACCCAGUAGGGAUAUUGGCUACACGCAUGGUCUCCAUAUCUGUUCAGAUCCAUCGAGCCGCCGGGCUCCAGGCUGCUGCCAGAGCUCUGGCAGAGCAAGACCCGUCAUUUCAGUACAGCGCGGACGUUGGGGUGAAUGCCUUCGUCAUCAUUCGCCCUUCAUUCUUACCAGAGAUGGAGAGUCGCAGCACACGUACCGUGGCUCGCAGCUUCUGCCCGGAGUUUGACCAUCAUUCGGAGUUCCCCUGUAAUAUUCUGACCCAGAGGAGCAGCGGAGAGGCUUGUAGCCUGGCGGAGAUCCUUCACUUCUCCGAGAUUGUACUGUCCAUUCACCACCAGAGCGUCGCAUCUGCUGGUGUUGGCACAAUUCAUCCAACCUGCGAUUACCAUCUGGGUGUGGUGAGGAUCCCAACUAGAGUUCUGCUUAGUAAAAGAUCAGGAAUUUCUGGCUGGUACCCAGUGAUGUUACCCGAGGAUUCCACUCUUCCCAGCACAGCAGGCAUCAUGAACAACGUGGUUGGAGGUUUGGAGCUUUCAGUGAACUUCACUCACCAUUCAGACAGAGAUCGGGCCCUGGAGGUGGCUCAAGGCUUAGGAUGGAAUGUGGAGGAGGAAGUCAUUAGAAGUGUUGGCGAUGGUUGGGAAAAGGAAGACUUGGUCAACUUGUCAGUCACCGUACCUAAAAUCUGGCUCCCUGUUCACUGUCUCUUGCUCGCCGGACACAAACAAAUCCAUAAGAACAUUUACUGCUACCUGCGGUACAAGCUGUACGAUAGAGACGCAGUCUGCUCCCACUUGAGAAAACCGGCCUUGUCCGAGAAUGGCCAACAGGCCACCAUAGUGUUUGAGCAGACCAGGACUAUAGAACUGAUGAAGCAUCAGCCAUUGGUGUGGUACCUGCGAGAAGAGAAGCUGGAAAUCCAGAUCUGGCGCUCUUACGGGAAAGACACCAGCGGGCAAAGACCUCAAGAUACUGACCGCCUUCUCGGCUGUGUUUAUGUGGACAUGACUGCUCUGGCAGAAACCACCUCCCGGACUCUCUCUGUUAGCGGUGUUUAUCCGCUGUUUAAGCGAAAUGUGCCGAACCUGCAGGGAGCAGCUUUGAGGGUUCAUCUGUCACUGAGCUCAGCCUAUCACCCGUCAGUGACUGCCCAGUGCACAAGCUCCGCAGAGGAUCAGAGUCUCUCCGAGGAAGAGGCCGUACAGGACAGCUCGGGGGAAGAUGACAGGAGAAAAGAUGAUCGUACUGAAACUAAGAAAUCCUCUCCAAGGGUUGGCCAUCCGCCCGCAGUCUCUGACAGUCAGCCAGUCUGUGUUGAUAUGGAAAACACGUUUGCUGUGAACAUUGUUGUUGAACGUGCAAUGCAUCUCAGCUUAAAAGGAACCCCACUGACAGAGCGACAAGUGCCCACGCCCAGCUGCUGCGUGUCAUUUCCUGUCGCUGGUACUGCAACCCCUGUAACUACUCCAGUCAUAGAGGACACCGAUUCCCCGACGUGGAACUUCCAGCACCAGACAAGACUGACUAAAGAACUACUUCUGGACCCCCAGCAGACUUUAGUGUUCAAGGUGUGGCAUCGAACAGACGUGGAGCGAGUGCUGGGCUUCGCCUCCGUGGACCUCUCUCCGCUGCUGUCCGGUUUCCAGUCUGUGUGUGGCUGGUAUAAUAUUGGAGACUUUACCGGGCAGUGCCAGGGACAGAUAAAAGUGUCCAUCACACCUCUGGAGACGAUCGCCUAUCUGAAAGAGGAGAGACAGACAAGAAGCUGCACCGCAAACGUGCAAUCUCAGGUGACCCCGCACACAUCUUUCCUGUAUCAGCCGAGCCCCAUAUUCAGCUUCCCUGUCCACCAAACAGGAAAUGCCGGCAACUUCGUCACCCCUACUGAAAGGAGAGAAGUCUCAUUCCCACCUGUUGGUAAUGCAGAACACACGGAGACCAUGAGACGUUUCCAGGAGACGCUACACCAAGCAGAACAGAACACGUGGAGCACAGAGCACCGGGAUGUCUUGUCACAGUCUUCCCGCACGUCAUUGCAGUCUGCACUCGGGAAAAACCUUAAUGAGUUGGAUGACAUCCAGAAGUAUUUUAACCAGAAGCUGUACAGGAGCCUCCCGAGCACAGCGCCACCUGGAGGAACCACAGAACAUAGCGCAGAGAAGAAGCCUCACAUCCCCACUAGCUCUGAGGAGGAUGCAGAUACUCGGCUAUUGCUGAAGAAAUCCAGUCUGCUGGUUUCCCAAGUCAGCAACCUCAUCACUGGCCUCCAGGAAAAGUCUGCGCUUCGAGAAGUGGCUCCCAGCACAGUAGAUGGUGGCAGUAGUCAUCGGCAUCUAAGUGUAUCCGGGUCAGAGGUCAUUGGCGUACGUCCAUCGGAGAAUGUGUGGCCGGCCAUCCACAAGGAGUUAUCAGACGAUGAGAAUGAGGUUCACCAUGUGGACACACCGCCAUUCUCUGAAGCCGGAUCUCCCAUACGUAAGAAGGACAACAUGGAAGACUUGUUAGACUACAAUGAGAGACCGGGCAGCUUUGUUGGUAAUCAGGAGGAGGAGCCUGAAGAUGACCUUCAGCAGGACAGCGAUGAGGACUAUGAGGAAAGCGUCAUCGAGAUAAGGACUCUUAAUGAAAUCACCACUCUGACAGACAGAACCAGCCCAUGGUCCAGUAUGGUGUCCGAACCAGGACAUGAUCCGGAGACAGCCAUGGAAGAUGUUCCAACCAAUGCAAAUCUCCUAGAAAGGCUCAGUCUGGUCUCCUCGGACCUCCAGGAUGACCAGAACAGUAAUCCGAAUACAGCCAGAUCAUGUGACUCUCACAUGGCGGACAAAUACCCUGAAAUGACAGGCAAUGGUUCAGACACACACGACCAUGAGAGGUGGGUAGAGUCACAGAACAUCGGAUCACUGAGUCAGAGUUCAUCAGAUCUGUCAGACAGUGGCGAGGAGGACAGACUGAGGGAAGAGGAACUGACUCUAGAAGUAACUCGGCUGCCCACUGAGAUGUCCUUGAGCGGCAGUGAACCUGAUGAGUCUGGGGACCUUGUUAUAGAACGAGAGGACACUGAUGGAGAGAUGAGAGAGGACUACAGGUCCGGAUAUCCAUCAUCCUCCUCACAUCCUGAAUCUUCUCCGAGAGACACCAGUCCGUCUGAGCAGAGCGUGGAGGAGCUGCCGGACGCAACUGACACCAUCCCGCACUUUAAUCUCCUCUUCCUGUCCAGAUCAGAUCCUAUUCAGCUCCCAAAUUUUUUUCUACCUCCUCAGCACUUAGAAGCGUCUAUGCGUUUACUGAGCCAGGCUUCUCUCCCAUCAUCAUCAUCAGCUCAGAAGGCUGAUGGGGAGACUUCAGUCACUAAAGGAAUUCCUUUUCGCCGGCGAAUGCGUCAGACGCCCAAAAUCAACGCCGACGAUGUGCCAGAGAAAGAGGCCAAGCGCAUUGCGAGGAUAUUUGCUGCGCAGUUCUCCAACAAGUAGAGUCUUUGUCUGUUCUCCGCAAUGU